UGCAAAACACUUCCUCGGUGUGGCGCCAAACAUGUUUUAACUUCAGUAACUGUGAGUUGCAGUUUGAUGCUGUACAGCAGACAUUCACUGCCUGGAUUUAUCAACCUGUAGAUAAAGCUAAUAUCCUGACAUGUUGACCAAAAAAACGAAACGAGAAGCGUCUGUUGAGACCGAUGAACAAAACGUGACCCCCGAAGCAACAGUUCGACGGUCCUCUCGAAGGGCCGUGGCCCCUAAACGUCUCGCCUUUUCUCCUGACACCCCGGAUCAAAAGAAGAAGAAAAAAAUAAAAACCGAACAAGAAAAGCCAGAGAUAAAACGCAUAAAGGAUGAAGAUGCAGAAGAUGAAGUGGACCAGUCAGCUGAUGGUUAUGCAGGAGGGCUGUCUGAAUAUGAACUGGAGCGUCUUGAGAACAUCAGGAAGAACCAGGCUUUUCUGUCCUCCAUCAACUUAUUCCAGGCAAGAGAGGAUUUGCAUCAGACCACACGACCGAAGCCAUCGCAGAGAGGUUUGAGGUCUACUGCUGUCGUGAAGGAAGUACUCCCACCUCGUAAAUCCCUGCGCCUUCAAAACAAGCCUGCAGAGAAGCUGACUCUUCCUAAAGAACCCACAGACUCGUUUGACCACCAUCUGAACAGAGUAUUAAAGAAGCCUCCUGGCCCUGUUCUGAUGGACGCCAUAAACCAGGAGGAAGGCGUCAAGAUUCCACCACAGCUUAUAGAUCACUGCUCUGAGAAGAAAAAGAAGAUAAAAACCAACCUUGAUCUUAAAGAGUACAUCUCUGCACUGAAAGGCAUGAAGAUAACAGAAGACAAUGUGGCCAAAGUGGUGAAAGAUCGAAUCUUCUCUGCAGCCUUCCACCCCUGCAGUUCCAGCCUGUUGAUGGCUGCUGGAGACAAGUGGGGAAAAGUGGGACUCUGGAAUUUGGGUGCUGAAUGGGGCAAUGAUGGUGUUCUGCUCUUUGAGCCACACUCCCGUCCGGUCAGCUGCAUGGAGUUUUCCACGGCCCACCCCACGCAGCUGCUGAGCGUCAGCUACGAUGGAUCUUUGCGCUGCAUGGACAUAGAGAAGGCCGUUUUCGACGAUGUGUAUGACAUUGAUGAUGGGCUGAAAACUUUUACCUUUAUGUCGCCUGACUGCUCAACUCUUCUGGUUGGGAACUGGUUUGGAGAGGUCGCCAUUGUAGACAGGAGGACUCCAGGGAACUCUCACGAGUCUCUUCACUCACUGAACACAAAGGCUGUUCGCAGUUUAAGCGUCCACCCUCUCCAGAUGCAGUACUUUGCAGCAGCAGAAGGAAGGACUGUGAGCAUUUAUGACAGCAGAUACCUUAAGAAGACAAACAGCAAGGCUGUGUCUCAUCUGCAUGGGCAUUCUUUAGUCAUUAACAGCGCUUAUUUCUCACCUUGCUCAGGGAACAGAGUUCUCACCUCUUGCUUGGAUAACCACAUAAGGAUAUAUGAUACAUCUUCAAUGACUGCUGCACCUCCCGUCCUCAGAUCCCUCAGUCAUGACAUGCACACAGGUCGAUGGUUGACGAAGCUGUCAGCAGUGUGGGACCCAAAGAAGGAAGACUGCUUCGUAGUGGGAAGUAUGAAAAGGCCUCGCAGGGUGGAGGUGUUCCAUGAGAGCGGUCGGCUGCUGCACUCCUUUAUGGAUGAUAACCUUGCCACGGUGCUGUCGGUCACUGCCUUCCAUCCCACCAGAAAUGCGCUGCUGGGUGGAAAUGCAUCAGGUCGCAUGCAUGUCUUCUAUAGUUAAAAUUGAGGCCAAUGAGUUUGCAAACACCAUCGGGGGAAAGAGCACAGUACAUGGUUACUGCUUAUUAUAUUCAGAAAGGUCAUCUAUAAGGUGGAUUAAAGAGAUUCAUUUAAAAUGCCUUUUUUUGUUUUUGUCAGAUUCUGUGGAAUCGUUUUCCAGAUGUGAUGCACCUUUAUAAAAUAAUCAUGUUUUCAGGAAUCUUUUUAUUUCGUCUAGAUGCCUGAUCUAAGGUCCUCCAUAGGUCUGACUUCUCAGGUUGUUUUACUUAUACGUUCCACUAUCUUGUUUUCUGUCCCGUUUCUAAAUGUCUCAUU